AUGACAGCAUAUAAACAAACGUCAUAUCUCACAUUCUUCCCUUUCCUCCUGUAUAGCUACAUCAUACAUUAUCACAAUCAUCUACUCCCUUCAACCACUCUCCAUUCCCAGACUCGCCAUUUCAACAUGUCUGAAUUCCUCAUGAAAGAAGACCACGAGCGCGAUGCCGCCUUCAGCAAAGCCAUGCACGGAAAAUCCGUCGAGGAGGAAUCGGCUUUCAUGGCUAUGCUGAAGAAAGAUUCUGGUUCUCAGAGUGCUGCUGCAGAUGCUUAUUUCAAGCAUUGGGAUAAUAAAGAUGCCAAGGUUGAGACGGAGAAGGAUCGCUCGGAACGCAAAGAAGAUUAUGCCAACCUGACUAGAAAUUACUACGACCUAGCCACCGGCCUCUAUGAAGAAGCCUGGGGCCAAUCUUUCCACUUCUGCCGCUUCGCCGCCAACGAGCCCUUCCACCAAGCCAUCGCUCGACAUGAACACUACCUCGCAGCACGCAUUGGUCUUAAAAGCGGCAUGAAAGUCCUCGAUGUAGGUUGUGGAGUUGGUGGACCGGCAAGAGAGAUUGCCAGGUUUGCAGACUGCCAUGUUACGGGUCUGAAUAUCAAUGAUUAUCAGAUUCAGAGAGCGAAGAGAGCGGCGGGGAUUUGUGGGAUGGCGCAUCAGCUGGAGUUUGUGAAGGGGGAUUUUAUGCAAAUGCCCUUUCCAGAUAACAGCUUCGACGCAAUCUACGCCAUUGAAGCUACAGUCCACGCGCCUAGCCUCGAAGGCGUCUACAGCGAGAUCUUCCGCGUCCUCAAACCCGGCGGCAUCUUCGGAGUCUACGAAUGGCUCAUGACCGAAAAAUACGAUCCCACCAACGCCCACCACCGCACCAUCCGCCUCGACAUUGAACAAGGCGACGGCAUCGCCAACAUGGUCUCCAUCCGCACCGCCCACGCCGCCCUCAACAGCGCCGGUUUCCACCUCCUCCACUCCGAAGACCUGUCUACCCGCCCCGACGCCACACCCUGGUACUACCCUCUCGCGGGAGAUUUCCGGUAUCUAGGCAGCGUGUGGGAUUUUUUCACGAUAUUGAGGAUGACGAGGGUGGUGAGGGGGGUGGUGGAGGGCUUGCUUAGGGUGGGGGAGAGGGUGGGUGCGGUGCCGGGGGGGAGUGCGAGGACGGCAGCGAGUUUGGCGAUGGCGGCUGAUGCAUUGGUACUGGGUGCCAGGGAGGGGUUGUUUACGCCGAUGUAUUUGAUGGUUGCGAGGAAGCCGGAAGAGUGAAGAACGGUGAAGUGGGCGUGAGUGUCGGGCGAGAUAGCAGAGGGAAUGACUCUAGGUCUAAGUGGUGGAGAAAUGGGGUGAGAUUUAAUGAUAGGAAUGGUUGUCAAGAGAGCUGCCAAAAAGAGCAAUGGGAAGAAAGAAUAGAGCGAUAGAGAGAUGGAUUACUGAGUAGGUACUGAUAGGCAUUGAAAUCAGCGGUAAAGUCCCGACGCUACACUCUACAUACCAAUCUGAUGUCUGGCUUCACACCAGACACUACUAAUAGAAGAAUUGGCUCCAGCGUACAUCCAGAACAAGGCCAUGACGGAUUACUUCAGAAUGCACAGAGAAAGGCGACGGAGAGCAAAAAGUUCCUACUUGUAUUGAAACCUGUCUAGAGAAUGGGAGGCACAGCAGCUUUGUGUCAAGCCUUUCCAAGCUCAUCUUGAAGGCGAAUGGCUAAAAAUUGGGAAACUUCAGACAAAGAAUCCACGACAUCAUCUUGUCGUAAUUGUGGAUCAAGUGUCAGCAGAACCGAGCUUUGGAAGUGAUGGAAAAGCCGCAAAUAUUUCAAGACACAUUCGAUACUCUUGUGUAGUAUCUACAUCUUUGGCGAGAUUUAGCAGAUUAAAUAUGAUCUUAUUUCCUUGCCCUUCACUCCCCAUGCC